GACCCGGUAUGUGAGCGUUAUCUAUGCAUAAAUAGGUAUACUUACCUCGUAGAACCUACGCACACAAUGGACAAAGUCAUUACCAAAUUAAAGAUAAUCAGGUGAAGAAAACAGCAUUUAGUAAAUAAAACUCGGUGAGUACGGUCGUUAGGUUCUUUGUGAUCAAAUUGUGUAUUGACAAUACUACGAUUACAACAAUAUUAUUACUAUGAUAAGUGAUUGGUGAUCUUGUGUCAAAAAUGUCUUCACCGCCAACUUCGCCGCCAUCUUCAGUACCAAGUUUAGAAACAGAGCGCGGCGCGGAGGACUCGAGGGAUUCUAUAUCAUCAAAAUUUUCUCAUACUGCUGCGACAAAAUAUAAUGAUACUCAAUUCACCGAUGUAUCUAAUAAAAAUGAUAUUAAAAAUACUACAGUAACAUCACAUAGUGUUGAAGACAUAUUAUCAGAAAGUAUAAUCUAUAACGGAGUUGACAAUAAUUUUGACUGCAAACAAGAAAUUAUAGGGUCAUUAUCUCAAUCUUUUGUACAAGAUUAUAAUUCGAGGGAUUCGACAGGUUUUAGUAUUCAAGACAUUCUUGGUAUACAUCAAUCAUACAACGCGACCAAUAUUCAAGAGAAUUCAGAAGCAAGAUACGAUUACCAGAUAUCAAGCUAUGAAAAUAUAAGCAAUAGUCCCAUCAAUAACUAUGGGUCUGGUACUGAAGAAGUAAUUUCAGAUGCUUGCAUCAAUAAAAAUGACAACAUAUUCUCCUCAAUUACGCAGGUUCAGAAUCAAGCUAUCCGAAGUAAUAGAAACUAUGUCAUUAGUGAACCUGUUCGUUAUCAUUCUAGAACAAAUUUAGAUAGCAAUAUCAUAAAAGAUCCUGGAAGAGAAGUUAACCAACUACACGAAUCUAGUUUUCCCAGUCAGAAUUUAUCGUGGAUUAAUAAAUCAACUACUAACCAAAUACUGGAUCGUACUGAAUCGUCAACAUCAAGCAAAGAAAUGCCGCCAUCAUAUCAAAAAAGUUUUACAAAAAGAGCACGAACAGCUUAUACAAGCACACAAUUAGUGGAAUUGGAGAAUGAAUUCCAUCAAAACCGAUAUCUCUGCCGACCCAGAAGAAUAGAACUUGCAAACUUCUUACAUUUGUCGGAACGACAAAUCAAAAUUUGGUUUCAAAACAGACGAAUGAAAUACAAAAAGGACAAUAAACACAACAAACCGUCAUCAUCAGUAGAUGAUACUAGUCCUUCUAGUUCCAAAGAGUUUCAUCUAAGUCAAGACCAUAAAAUGAGCCAUGGAAGAAGUUGCGGAGGACACGACAGACAUAGUCGUAUACUAACAGAUAGUCAUGCCAGUCAUGAUAAAAUGUUUGGAGCAUCUAACAAUGUUCUCCCAAUGCCUCCAGAAUAUUCUGCAAUAGCACUCAAAACUGGAAUAAAGCCCGCUGAGAACACGAUUGAGCUUCCAACAUACACUCCAAAUUUGUCUUUUUCAUCGUAUUACACGACGGGAACAAGCAAACCGAGUUACUCACCUUUAUCUGAAGUUUAUCGGUAUUCGAACGAUGAAUCACUGCAACCAAAUUCUAAUACACUGCACACGCUACCAUCAGACAGCUACGUUCCUAACGGUGUCAACUUGAAACUCAACGAUGAAAUAACUCGGUAUAAUGCAGAAUCUUCUUAUUACAAUCCACUGCCAACUGCAGUCGUGCCACCUCUUGCAACAGCUGAUGCUUAUGGAUUCGGUGCGACUAUGCCUUCAAUACAAACUCCUACGUACGAUGAUAAUAAUGUACAUACUAGAACGGCAAGUUUACCUCUUACUCAGGAUCCUUAUUAUUCCUACUUACCUACCUCUGAUGUAGCCAAUCAACAACCUUCUUCUACAAGUUGCAGGUACUCCUCAUUUAUUUCUCUAUAGUGCAAUAUUUUUAUUCAUUUUUUUUUUGCUUUUAUUUAUAGAAUACUAAAUACUGUUACUGAAUUUUUAAUAUAAUGUAUAAUUUUUUAAAUAAAAUGUAAUAUUUAAUAUAAUUAUGUUUUUGUUAUGUUGUAAAAUUACAAUAUAAAAUGUUAUAAAUGUAUAAUACAUUUGAUAUUUUGUAUAAUUAUUGAAGGCUAGUUUUAUUCUGUUUACUGAACGUAAAACUAUUUUAUUUUUAAGUGGCUUCCAAAAGCCAAAUUUUCUCGAUUGUUUUUUAUUUUUUUUUAACUAUAUUCCACAAUUGUUUUGUAAUUGAUAGGUUUUACUUUGUGUCGGUCUCAUUUUUAUUGUAUAU